AUGCGUUUCCAGCGCCUAACCACAGCUCUUCGAAUCUUCUCGACACCCCUCCGAUCCCGAACUUCAACCGCCAUCAAAACCUCUUCCAGAUAUUCUCGUUAUUUUAACAGAAUACCUCUCCCAAUCUCUGGCGCAACCCUUCUCAAAGCUGCCCCAGCUAUCCCAUUUAUGGGCUCAUUCUUCAGUUCCAGCGCCAACGCCGAAAACGCAAACAACAUGUCGUAUCCCGACCAGCGGAGUGAGGAUGAAUGGAGGGCUGUUUUGAGUCCUGAUCAAUUCCGCAUCCUCCGCCAGAAAGGCACUGAACGAGCCGGCACCGGCGAAUACGACGCCCACUACCCCUCGCAGGGCGUUUACACCUGCGCCGGCUGCAACGCGCCCCUCUACAAAGCAUCCCACAAAUUCAAGUCUGGCUGCGGCUGGCCUGCGUAUUUCGACUCCGUGCCUGGUGCUGUGACGAGACAUACGGAUAGCUCGUUUGGGAUGGAGCGGACGGAGAUUACGUGUAGUAACUGUGGGGGUCAUUUGGGACAUGUGUUUAAGGGAGAGGGGUAUCCGACGCCGACGGAUGAGAGGCAUUGUGUGAAUAGCGUGAGUUUGAAGUUUACGGAGGAUGAGGGUGCUGCUGGUGCAGCGAAGGCGAAGGCUUAG